AUGAAAUUCACGGUCGUACUCAUCACUCUUCUGAGUGUUUCAACAUCAUUUGCAAUAAAAACGAAAAUAGAAGAACCAAAAGAUAAAAGAGAGACUCCAGAAGGCUAUUCGGGUUCCGGUUACUCCUUUCGCAGCUAUCAAGCCCCAUCGCAUGGCCGAGAUGACGCAAGUACUGUCAGUGUUGGUGCCGGAUACAACAUAGGCGGAAGCAAACCUACAUACAGUUUUGGCGGGCAAUCUUCUGGAUCAGGAUACCAAUUUUCUGCAGGAAGCAUUCCUUCGAAUGGUCACAAUUCAUUACAACUUGCUCCUAUUACGCUUCAGCCGAGCCAUGGUGCUUUAGUCAGCAGUGAUCUUUCACAAUUAAUGAGUCAGCUCUCUCACAGUAUUAAUUCUGGAGCAAUUAAUUUACAACAAUUAGGUGAGCAAGGAGCGUCAUACCAAUUGAGUAAUUUAGGCGCACACGGUGGACAAGAAUUUACAUUGCCUCAAUACUCUUACGGAGCACCAAAAUUGCAACAACAAUUUUCUCUAUUUGAACAAUCACAAUCAGUUCCUUCAUAUGCCGCUGGUACUAAAGGUCUCGGUUCAUAUAGUUCUACUGGUCCCGUCUUGUUUACACCAUCUGAAUCUCAAUCGAAUCAACAAGCUUCAGCAUAUGUUGCCCCAAGUUCCAGUCAUACUUUGAGUGAGUCAGGACCACUUUCUUUUGGUAGCACUGGCCAUUCUCUAUCUGGACUUUCCCUCGGUAAUUCUGGAUAUUCGCUAGGUGGAUCAUUUAAUUCAUUAAACGGAGGGUAUGGUUCUCUAGGAAAAAACUCCUUUAAGCCGUCAGCCUUUUUAGGUUCUUCCGGUCAGAGUGAUUCAGGCCAUCAAUUAGCUAGCCUUUCUGCUUCAUACGGAGCUCCAUCAUUCAGUGGCUCACAUUUAUCGUCAGGUGGUCAUGGGGGAUAUUCUCUUGGUUCUUUUGGCCCAGGGUUGAGCUUUGGAGGAUCAUUUGGAGAUUUCGGUGGAAGCUCCUCUAAAUUUGUUGCUCCAUCAUACUUACCGCCUAAAUCGCAAGGAUUUGGUUCUCUUGAAUCAGUUGCUGCUUUCUCCUCAGGUGGACACUUAUCGUCUCCUCCCGCAACCACUUACGGAAUUCCAACUAGUUCCUACAGCUCUUCUUCAGGUCACGCUCAAACGUCUUCAUCCUCCAGUCCUCAAUACUAUGUGUCAUCUUCAAAAUAUUCUUAUCCCGGCAGUAAUUUCAAUGGUGGCUCUUCGUACAAGGGACCUUCGUCCGGUUAUAGUUCAUUAACCUCUUAUUCUUUUGGACCUAAGUCCAGCUUUAGCGGCUCUCGUUAUGGCUCUCCUAAGGAUACCCAUGGUGCAUACAGUGAAAAUUCUUAUAAUACAAUCAAGUAUAGCGAAGAGCUUAAGCCUCGUGGUCACUAA